UGCGUAGGGGUGUUCGUAUGUUUUACUUAUAUAGUGCCAUGGAUGCACAAUGCGGGGACGCUUCGGAUUUAAAUGGCCCCGAAAAGUACUUCAGUAACAGCACAGUGGAGUCUAGACGUCCUUCCGGCUCGAUUGAGAGGGGACAAGAGGAAACAUCCGAUGUAUUUGGGGAUUUACUGGAACUGCCGGUUGAAAUAACUGAGAGACGUCCCACAUGUGUAAGAUGUGGGCGACCGCAAAAAGUGUGCCUGUGUCCCUUUCUGCCGGCGCGCCCCCUAGAGGUGUCCACAUGCCUGUACAUUGUGCAGCAUCCAGCAGAGGAGAGUCGGGCACUUCGGACAGUUCCACUUUUAGCUGCUUCACUGCCCCCCGGGAAGUGCAAGGUUCUAGUUGGAAGGAGGUUUAGUGAAGAAAGGAACCCCGAGCUGGCCGCGGUGUGUCGCGACCCCCACACGCUGGUUCUGUACCCUGGCCUGGAUGCGGAGAACCUGGAGGACAUGGAGAAGGAGCCCUCGACCUCGGCGCACAACAUCAUCAUUAUCGACGGAACGUGGAGUCAGGCCAGAGACAUGUUCCUCCGAAACGCCCUUUUCCGCCUGCCAAAACAGGUGCAGCUGAGAAACACUCUGUCCAGCCAGUACGUGAUCCGCACACAACCCACCAACAUGUGCCUGUCCACGCUGGAGUGUGCUGCUGCAGCGCUGUCCAUCGUGGAGAGGAGACCGGCCAUACAGGAGCAACUCUUGCGGCCGCUGCAGGCUCUGUGCACCUUCCAGCUGCAGCACGGCGCCCAGGUGCACCACAGCAAAGAGCAGCUGCUGAGGACGGGCAGGUACGAGAAGCCCAUGCCCAAGAACAGGCGCAAGAUCAAGCGGAUGGAGCAGCUCAUCUCCAACCUGAGCAUCUAGAGGAUGGGCUUGGGCUGGAGACCUGCCUGACUCGAACCUCCACAUUCCGGAACACCGCAGACCAUACAGCCAAUGGACCAAACUCAUCACCUUGGUCUGUGUCCAGGAACGUGAGCUGUUUGGACCUCACCCCCAGCCCCACCAAAUGGGCAGCGAAGCAGAAAUGAUUUGCCUAGCAGGGGAAUCCGCAGUGUUGUUGACGUUUCUCUGGGAUGGAGACAGAAUACUUCAUGUUAUGUUUUGCCACUGUGAGAUACAGAAACAGAGGAAGUCCGUUUACCGUAAGAGAAUUUUUAUGCUGCGUCUGAUUAAACAAAAAGAGGAGGUUUGUGGGCUCCGACCUUCGGACAGAGAAGUAUCUACUUUCAUACAUCUUUGCUCUUGCAGGAGGAGGUUAAGCCCAGCUGAGCAACACUGUUUGCGUUUGAGCAAAGCUGAAACAAAGGCAGUUCUUUUGAUUCGCCUUAAAGCAUCGGCGACCUGUGCUGUAGGGUGGAGGUUACAGAUGAAGCUCCUGUUACCUUGUGGUGGCCGCAGUGUCAGAUGUCCCCAGGGCCUCUGUCCCUCUUUUACUGUCUUUGUAAUACUGUAACGGUCAUGGCCCCCAUUUCAGAACACGCUGUUCCUUUGCUGCUUGUUAACAGCUCCAGAGUGUUGAUGAUGUAUGUGUUAAGUGUGUUAGGUACAUGUUAAGUACACGGUUGUAUAUUCCUUUUUUGGGGGAGGCAAAAAAAAAAAAAAACAGCCUUCACUUCAUAAUUUAAUGUCACGAGGAGUGGAAAAAAACGCUGAUCUUGAAAAGAAAGGCAGGAACAUCACUAGCAGAUGUGACAGCGUUACGGACUGUUAGCGUUUGUGAGGGAUCGUACGACCCCCGCAACACUUGGAAGAUAUUUAAUAAACUAGACUGACUCACUGGG